AAUGUCCCUAGACCUCGGGAGGCCUUGAAAGCCUCUCAGUCAGAGUGUGGUGGUUUGGGAGUAUGCAGCACUAAGCUCUAUAAGUUGUUAAGGUCCUUAAGACUUUGCCAGAAUGGCACGGGGGCAUCAGAAGCUUCAGUCUCAGCAGAAAAAUGCCAAGAAACAGGCGGAGAUGAAGAAGGCCAAAGGUCAUGAUCAAAAGACUGCAGCCAAGGCAGCACUGUUAUUCACCUGCUCUGUGUGCAAGUCCCAGAUGCCUGACCCAAAAACCUUCAAGCAACACUUUGAGAGCAAGCACCCGAAAUCCCCUCUGCCCCCUGAGUUAGAGGGAGUCGAGGCAUAAACGGUCACCCGGACACCGAAUUGAUGUCCUUCAAGGCCCUGCACCAACUCUGCACUCAGUCUGACAGCAAUGGAUGAUUUGAUGUAACCAACGUGAAACAGUUAUCUUCAUUUAGGCUUGAAUAGGCCAGGUUGCCUUGAACACAAUGUUUUUUCCCAUCCUCUUUUUGCUUGUGUUUUAAUUCACGCGGGGUUAAAUGUUAAAAGGCAGUUUUAAUUUCAGCGCUGCUGGAGACCUGUAUGAUUCAGGAACAAUCUAAGUGGUGAAUUUUUCUCCCUUCAUUCAGUUUCUCUUAACAGAUGCCUCACUGCCCUGAUGAGUAUUUCUUGCUGCUAGCUCUUGUACCUCUCUAUCUGAAGCUUUGGAUCGAGUUGUCUGAUUAAACCUUUAUAGCAAACAUAACUCAUGAGGCAUGGUGUCCUUAAAUAGAGCACGGAUUUGGCUCAGGUGGGAGAUUUCUGAUUUGAAAUUUGCUGCAAUUAAGUCAAUGACAAAUGCAACCUCAUCUGUUUUCUUUGUGCUUUGAGUAUUGAAUCAAAAGGAGGCUGUGAAACGUUUUUCUCAUAUUAGUUGUCAAAUAUGGAAUUUCUCCACAGCACUGUCUGCCGUGUCAUACUACAAUCUUUCAUCUAGCUAAUCACGCUUUCAUGUCGGGCCACUAAAAUGUGAAAUUCUGCUAGCUGUUUUCAGGCUGCUACAUGAAUUGUAAGUCAAAAUUUUACAGGAGCGCACGGUCAACAUUUGUACACUUGGAAAAUGAAUGAAUGCUCCAAUGAUGUAUUAUAGCAUUUUAUUAAAUUUUACUUUGUUGUAUA